CGCGCGCUUGUAUCAAGCAAGCGCAUAAACUGCACUUGCGCGCUCUGAAGCACGGUCGCUGCUUGCCAGGGACCCGCCGCAGCGGUGCCCGGCGCCCGAGCGCGUCGCGUGCCCCACGCGUUGCAUAAACACAAAAAAUGUCGAGCGCCCCCAAAAAACGCAAGCUCUCCAUAGCGGUAGGAGACAAGGUCGACGCGCUCUGGCCCGCCGACGGCGAGUACUACCCGGCCAAGGUGCGCGCUAUUAAUGAAGACGGCACCAUCGCGCUAGAUUACGCGGACGGCGACCGGCGGAACGACGCCACAACUUCUGAACUGCGCUGCAAGAAGCCAUUGCUGGAAGCGCCCACGACACCAGAGGCGCCGCCCUCGGAGCCGUCGGAACCGUCACCAAUAAACCCGGACGACGCGCUGCGACUGAGCUACGCGCCCGACACCACGUCUCACAGAGAAACGGAGUACGAGGCCAUCCGCCGCUUCUUCGCUGAAAGAUUAGAACAAAGGCGCGGCGGCUCGUUGUACGUCUGCGGCGCGCCGGGCACGGGCAAGACAUUACAUGUGGAGCGCGCGCGUGCUCACGUGCUCGGUUCCAUCCCAACGCGCGAUGCCAAAGCAUGCUUCCUGCGGGGCACGGCCUUUGCCUCUGGUGAUGCGUUUCUGAGGGCCGUGGCGAAGGGCGUUUGUUCCUCUUCCGUACUCCAGGGCGACCCGGAACGGGGCGAGCUUUUGUUGAGACUCAAGGAGACGUGCGACGCGGGAACCAAGACGAAUCCCGUACUGAGGGUUGUGGUCGUCGACGAGAUUGAUUCUUUAUUAAAAUGCGGCGGCGAAGCCCUCAGAAAGGUUUAUGGGCUAGCUACGAGGGAGACGUCGACGCUAGCUCUGGUCGGGGUCGCGAACGCGAUUGAUGUCCCUCGACGCGCCUUUUUUGGGGACAUUCCCCGGAAUUCCGAAGAAGCCUCGAGGCACGGCACCGUGGUAUUUAGACCGUACGAGCACAAGCAGCUCGUCGACAUCGUCAAGCAAAGGGUCGGCGAAGGUGUUUUUGCUGCGCCGGCCCUCGAGUUUGUCGCGCGCAAGGUCGCGGCUCAUAGUGGUGAUGCUAGACGUGCCUUGGAUGCGUGUCGGGCGGCUCUCUUAAGCGCUAGGCGCCACGGUGAACAUCCCGUGUCCAUGGCGCGGGCCGCCGAGGCGAUCCGGGAAAGUGGAGGCGCGACGCACGGGCCUUUGGCCGCCGUGGCUUCGUUGCCGCACCACGCGCACGUCGCUUUACGAGCGGCCUUGGACCUGUCCACGAACGCCGACCGGAGCUUCACGCGGUCUGCUUUAGCGACGGCCUAUUCCAGGUUACAACCGCAAUUAGGGCGGCGCGGCGACUGCGCGGGCGCGGCCGACGACAGCGUCGCUCUCCUAGAAUCCGCGGGACUCGUCGGCGCGGCGCCGGACCGGCGGUCGAAGGCGCUCAAGGCGCGGAACCCGGGCCAGGCGAAGCUUCGGGUGCUGGUCGACGCCGACGACGCGCGCGCGGCGCUCGAGCGGGGCGCGCGGUCGUCGGCGCUCGCCGCGCGGGCGCGCUAGGCGUGGUUGGGGACCUAA